CGGCGCUAGGACCUCGGGGCAGAGCCUCGAGGAAGGCAGUCGGGGGGAUGGGAGGGUUACCUUAUUUGGUGCCCCCGCGGUCACCUUCUGAGCACGCCUCCCAAAAUAGCGCCCGGCGCCCGCUAGCCUGUCCCGUGGCCGGGAGAUGGGUGCUGUCUCCGACCGCGUGGACUUGGGUGCGGCCUAUAGAUCCGCGCGCCCCGAGCCCCCUCCCACCCGCUUCCACCAGGUGCACGGUGCCAACAUCCGCGUGGACCCCUCCGGGACGCGGGCCACACGCGUGGAGAGUUUCGCUCACGGCGUAUGCUUCAGUCGCGAGCCGCUGGCCCCGGGCCAGGUAUUCCUGGUCGAGAUCGAGGAGAAAGAGCUGGGCUGGUGCGGGCACCUGCGCCUCGGACUGACCGCGCUGGACCCCGCCACUCUGGCUGCCGUGCCCGAGUUUUCGCUGCCCGACCUGGUCAGCCUCGGCCACACCUGGGUCUUCGCCAUCACGCGCCAUCACAACCGCGUGUCCCGGGAGGACCGCCCGGAGGCAGAGGCAUUGGCCCCCAGCCGCCCCCCAGCUCUCCUGGUGGAACCGUAUGUGUGCAUUGAGCAGUUUCGCAUUCCCCGCGACCGCCUAGUGGGUCGCAGCCGGCCCGGGCUCUACAGCCACCUCUUGGAUCAGCUGUAUGAGCUGAACGUGCUGCCUCCGACCGCGCGCCGCAGCCGCCUGGGCGUUCUUUUCUGCCCGCACCCGGACGGCACGGCCGACAUGCACAUCGUCAUCAACGGCGAGGACAUGGGCCCCAGCGCCCGGGGGCUGCCAGCAGCCCGGCCCCUCUACGCAGUGGUGGACGUGUUUGCCUCCACCAAGAGCGUGCGCCUGGUCCAGCUCGAGUAUGGCUUGCCAUCCCUGCAGACUCUGUGCCGCCUAGUCAUCCAGAAGAGCGUGGUACACCGGUUGGCCAUUGAUGGGCUCCACCUGCCGAAAGGACUUAAGGAUUUCUGCAAGUACGAGUAAAGGCCUGCAGCCACCCUGAAACAGGGCCACAGGAGCGUGGCCUGGCCCUGAAGCUGUGGCUGGUCUGAAGCUGGCCAUACUGCUGCCAGCCAGGCCUGGAAAUAAACACAGCCAGUGCUGACACUGAU